AUGUCACCGUCUUUUCUGGAAAUUCCUGAUGUUCCAAUGGAAAUGAUAAUGAAUAAUUUGGAUUAUUUUGCAGUCCAAUCAGUUCGCAAAACUUGUUGGGACCUCCGGAACUUUAUCGAUGACAAGAAACCGGAUACCUGCAUGAAACGAAUUGAUUUUGUUGAAACGUCCGAUACAUCAGUCAGACUGCACAUCUGUCCCUCUUCCUUCAGUCCAGAAGACUCAUAUAUUGAUUUAAGAUAUGAAAAACUGGAAAACGGAUGCAAAAUUUGGGUUAUAACAGGUGACAGUGACGAAUGGAAAACUAAAAUUGUGGAAAACUUGAACUUUCUGGAUGCUGCUCUUUAUGAUUUCAAAGUUGCCCUCAACACUCAAAAGUCAAUAUUCGAAAAGAUCACUGUGAGCGGAGAGAUCUUUUUUGAAAAAUUCGAAGAAAUUAUGAAGUCACAGAAAGCGUUUGCAACGGAAUCAAUCGAAAUCCAUGUCAAUUCUCUGGAACACGCCCGUCAAAUUCUACAGAAUACGGACCCAAAAUAUCUCAAGGAAAUCAACAUCCGUCCGCAGGAGCCCACUAACAUUAUUGAGUAUGCGGAGUUGAAAUCGUCGAAAAACAUUCAUAACUUCUCUCAUUUUGCUACGACCUCCAUUCAGUUGAGUAAUCUAGACGUGGAGACGUUACGAGCAAUAAAAGAGAACUUUCUCCGAUUGCGUGACUACGAUAAACUCUUGUACGUGUACAAUGUUGAUGCUGCCCAAGAAAACUUGUCCAUCGAAGCUUUCGGGGCAGGUUUCCAGAAGUCCUCCUGGCCGCCUGAAGAGACUGAGCAAAAUUGGUUUUUCAAUGUUCCUGGCAAUAAUGAAAGAGUCUUGAAGGUGUAUAACAAAAAUAUAUGUUUUCAGUUCCACUUUGUGGACAAAUGUGAGGUUCCAGAGGGUUAUGUGAUCCUCGAUUGA